AUGGAACUAACUAAAGAAGUUACGGAUAUGUCUUUCUUCAAUUUACUGAAGAUUCGAAUUGGUUCUUUUGAUGACAACUGUCCUGUUAGGUGCAAAUUAGUGGCGGCCAGCAAUAGAUAUGGACUGGUUUUUGCUGCUUGUUCUGAUGUUUUAAGAGUCAUGAAAGUAUCACAGCUUGACGAGCAGAUGAUGUCUGACAUGAAUAACAACAGAAAAGGCCGGCUGACAUCUCCUGAACCAUUCCAAUUGAUCAAACUAACCAACACACCCGGAGACCAACUUCUUAACUUUCAAUGGAAUCCAGGCUCCGACUUUUUGAACAUGUUUGCUGUUUGUACAUCGGACGGAUGGGUGACCAUCUAUGAGGUUCAGGAUAGCCAGUUCAAGAUUGUCGUCUCACAUAGAGGAGAAUUCUCCGGAGGAGUUUGUUGGAGCCCGAAAGGCAAGCAGAUAGCGCUAGGUAGGAAAACGGGUGAUGUUGUGAUGUACACGCAGUCACUGAAGGAGAAAAAUUGCAUAAUGCCGUGCUCAAAAGUUAGAGAAUUGGCCAAUGGUGCCUCAGUCUCAGUUGUGGAUAUUCUAUGGGAAGCAGCUCACCUGAUGUUUGUUGCUUACAGGUUGAGGAAUGAUGAAAAUGAACAACCACAGCUUGUCUACUAUAAUCUUAAGAACCAUCAGCAGCCGUUCAUAUUGUACGAAGACGUCUGCUAUGGCAGUGACCCCUCAAGAUAUCCAUCAUACCAAAUGGAAUUUAUCAGAGAAUGGAGCAUGGUUGCAAUCACAUCGGCCACGGCUGUUGACAUUGCUAUACUAGGAAUGGAUGACAAAGAAUUGUGGAAAUUGUAUAUCUUCGAUGAAUGUCGUCCCGAAAUCCCGACAGACUCCGAUAAUUACUCUCCAAAUUUUCCCAGAGGCUUUACUUUCUCUUUCAAUUCCCAGUUCAUAUAUGAAAAAGAUACUAUCAAAUACCCACCAUCACCACUGCUGUUGACUCUGUCGACCGAUGGAUGCCUGGUUGUCUUCGUCGUCACCAACGAUGGCUGCAAACCUAUCAACAAAACGCCUGAGGCUCUCACAGCUGCCGGUGAUUCGACUAAUAAAAGAUGAUGUUAGAGGUUGGUGACAGCAACCAGAAAGUUCAGCAGGGUGGCGCAACCGUUGCGUCUCUGCCAGCAGCAACGAGAUUUGCACCAGCAAAUGUUAUUCCCACUCCAGAUGCCCCGAAGAACGUCAUCACUUUAGGGCACUUGAGAGCACUUUCUCAGCAGCAGCAGCAUCAACCACAAAAGCAGUCACAGCAACCGCAACAACUUCCUAAGUUUCAACAGCUUCAGCCACAAACUGAUCAACUGAAACAACAACAGCAGCAACAAUUUUUCCAACUAGGACCUAAACCGCAGCAACAGCAAUCUCAGAAGGCACAGUUUCUCCCGCAACAGCAACAGCCAUGUAACACCAUGACAUUAAACACCAACACUAACAACAACUUGCAACAGUUGACAUUCAAAUCACUGAUGGACAGCAACAACAACAACCCAUCAUCUCCUAAUAUUUCAUUCAACAAACCACUAAACCAGUCAACUCCUCAGACGUACAGUAGCAACGUCCGAUCGAGAUUCAAUGAUCCUUUUAAUAACAAUGGGCAGGCAGACAUUGAAACUAAUUUAGGAAAUUUCGAAAAUGAAUUUUCGCCAUUGGAUGCACAGUCAUCAAUUCUCAAACAGCAGCAACAACAACAGCAGCAGAAGCUGCAGACAAAAUUAGAAUUACCAGCUUCUCGAAAACUAUCCCACAUAGCAGCUAAUGAAGCAAUAGCCUUCAUGACAAAGAACAAUGUUAACAGUGAUAAUAACGCUAAU